AUGGCCGCCGUUCAAUUGAACUUCUCUCUUCGUACCUCCAGCAGCGUCAAGACCGUGCACCUGGUUGGUUCCUGGGACAACUACUCUCGUCAAUUGCCCUUGUCAAAGGACUCAUCCAAGUCAGGAGCAUGGGCCGGCAAAUUCCGCUUCCAGACUUCGGUCUUGCAACUUGGUGGUCGUUACUGGUACUACUAUAUCAUGGAUGGAUACCACGUCUCCCACGACCCAGCGGUUGAAUACACUGUCGAGCCUACCACCGGCCGCAAGCUCAACGUUCUCGACGUCCCCGGUGGAAAGUCUACCUCCUCCCACCGCUCCAGCCACGCUCGUCGCGAGUCCGUCGAUAUCCCGAAGGGCCGUGCUCUUUCUCCAUCCAAGAUCCAGCACCCCAAGCCUUCCAAGCCAUACGCCUCGCGCGGCAUCCGUGAAGGAGAGUACUUCCCCACUGUCGACGAACUCACCGACCGCUUCUCGCACUCGCGCCUCUCCGACUCAGACUCAUACUCCAGCAGCCCCCCAAGCUCUGUCGGCUCUUCGCUCUCAUCGCGUACCGACAGCACAUCGCCAUCCUCGCUUUCUUCCCUCAGUGACCCACCCACCCAACUCUGCCGCUGUGAACGCUACGGAAUCACACGCAAGGGUGACCGCGUCAAGCUCGACUGCGGUGGUAGCCGAUGCGGCUACUUGGAUUCAUCUGAGGGCAGCGACUGCUCGUCCGAGUCCGAGUCUGACUCUGAAUACCGCGCCGCUCGCCGUGGUGCCCGUCGCCAGGGAAUCGUCGUCCGCCGAUGA